AUGGCAGCAUACGUGGCAACUAAACCACAACAUAACAAUAAAUGGUUUAUGCCUCCAAAAAUAAAUGUAAAACAUGAAGUUUUAGAAUUUCUUGAAGCUUCUAUGUUAGUUCCAUGGUAUUCUAUUUACCAUUAG